AUGGCGUCCCUCUUCUUCUCCACCCCCGUCGAUAUCGACGUUGUCCUCGAUGGCCUUGAUGAGCGCCAAACCGUCGAUGUCAAGCUCGACAAGGGCCGCCGGGAGCGGGUCCCCUUGUACAUGGACGGCGAGUCCGUCAAGGGUGUCGUGACCAUCAGACCCAAGGAUGGCAAGCGACUGGAGCACACUGGGAUCAAGGUGCAAUUUAUUGGCACAAUUGAAAUGUUCUACGACCGAGGCAACCACUACGAAUUCCUCUCUCUUGUCCAGGAGCUCGCUGCGCCCGGCGAGUUGCUGCACCCACAAACCUUCCCUUUCAACUUCAAGAACGUCGAGAAGCAAUAUGAGUCUUACAAUGGCAUCAACGUCAAACUACGGUACUUUGUCCAGGUCACUGUCUCACGGCGCAUGGCGGACGUCAUCCGGGAGAAGGACCUGUGGGUGUACUCGUAUCGCAUGCCCCCCGAGACCAACAGCCCCAUCAAGAUGGAUGUCGGCAUCGAGGACUGCCUGCAUAUUGAGUUCGAAUACUCCAAAUCCAAGUAUCAUCUCAAGGACGUGAUCGUCGGUCGCAUUUAUUUCCUGCUGGUGCGGCUCAAGAUCAAGCAUAUGGAGCUGUCUAUCAUUCGCCGGGAAACGACGGGGUCCCCGCCCAACCAAUAUAAUGAGAGCGAGACGCUGGUGCGCUUCGAGAUAAUGGACGGUUCGCCUUCGAGAGGUGAAACUAUUCCCAUUCGUCUCUUUUUGGGGGGAUUCGACUUGACGCCGACAUUCCGGGAUGUCAACAAGAAGUACUCGACGAGAUACUACCUCAGCCUGGUGCUGAUUGACGAAGUCGCGACCAUCGGGCCUCCGAUCUGCUCCCGACUUGCGUUGCCGUCUGGUGAUGCUCGCCGUUACUUCAAGCAGUCUGAAAUCGCUCUCUUCCGCCAAGCUCCCGAGAUCGCCGCUACGCCGCAGAUUGCGCAGCAGCAGCAGAUCCAACAACAGAUCAUCCAGCAGCAACAGCAGCAGGCUCUCCCUCCGGGCUCGGCCACCGCGGGCCCCGGGAGAGAAAUUACGGCUCCGCAGCCGCAGCCGCAAAACAACCAGGCCGUCCCGCCGCCGGCAGCAUAG